UCACCGAUACCAAGCUUUCCUUGCUUCACAUGAGAAGGAAUCCAGUGACCAGAAAAAGUAAAGCCAGAGUGAGCUACAAGAAUGACAGCAUCUGCAACAGCUAAGAUCAAGCAUGUCGAUGGUGUACGCCGUCGAUGUUAUUCUCUUGCUUUUGCAGCUAUUAUAUUACCAACCCUCCAUCCCUUGCUUGGAAACACCACACAUCACCUCUUCUUCUUCUUCUUCUUCGAUCUCAUCGCUGGUCUCGAAAGGAAAAAAUGGCGAGAAUGAGAGGGAUUCUUAUCUGCAUCCUGAUAGUGAUCAUGGACAUUGUUGCUGGUAUUCUUGGGAUAGAAGCUCAGGUUGCCCAAAACAAGGGCAAGCAUUUGAGGGUGUUGAUCUUCGAGUGCAAAGAGCCCGUCCAUGAAGCCUACAGGUUGGGACUGGCUGCAGCCAUACUACUGUUGCUGGCUCACGCAGUCACAAACCUGUUCGGUGGGUGCGUUUGCAUCUGCACCACCGAGGAAUUUAGUCGAUCAUCGGCAAACAAGCAAAUGGCUGCAGCUACACUUGUGCUCUCAUGGAUAAUUCUGGCGGUGGGAUUCAUCAUGUUGCUCACCGGCGCGUUGGGCAAUGCCAAGUCGAAAACCUCCUGCGGGCUUCCUCACCGUCACUUGUUGUCCAUCGGUGGGAUCCUGUGCUUCAUCCACGCAGUGUUCAGCGUCGCCUACUACGCCGCCGCGACCGCCACAUCAGCGGAAGCGGAAGGGAGGACGACGACCAGGGAUGUCGGCGCUGCCCCAACGGCGCGAAGGCCCCAACAAAUGCAAGCCUGAUAAGCUUUCUUCGGCAUCGAUGUUGAUGUACGGUUCGAUGCGUGCUUCACUCUCGUGCUUUGGAGACCGACGGAUUCUACCCAUUCGAAGUUGCAAUUUGGCACUUAAUAUUCUUCUUCUUCCUCUUC